GCAGAGAAGGUCCAUGAGCUGAAUGAGGAAAUAGGGAAGCUCCUGGCCAAGGCCGAGCAGCUCGGAGCCGAGGGGAACGUGGACGAGGCUCAGAAAGUCCUGCAGGAAGUGGAGAAGGUCCGAACUAAGAAGAAGGAUGCAGAGGAAGAGUACAGAAACUCCAUGCCAGCCUCUAGCUUCCAGCAGCAGAAGCUCCGGGUGUGCGAGGUGUGCUCCGCUUACUUGGGUCUCCAUGACAACGAUCGUCGUUUGGCCGACCAUUUUGGUGGGAAGCUUCAUCUGGGCUUCAUCCAGAUCAGAGAGAAACUGGACCAACUAAAGAAAACCGUGGUCGAGAAGCAGGAGACAAGGAACCAGGAGCGCCUGAAGAGACGAGAAGAGAGAGAGAAAGAGGAGAAGAUGAAGAAGACGACCAGAUCACGCAGCAGAGAGCCGAAAAGGUCCCGUUCACGUGAACGCAAAAAGAAGCGCUCACGCUCCACGUCACGAGAGAAGCGGCGCUCGCGCUCCCGCUCCAGAGAGAGGAGGAGGCGGCACCGCAGCCGCUCCACCUCCCGCAGCCGAGGACACCGCCACAGCCACGAGCAGAGCUCCAGACACAAGUAAAUACACACAUUG